AUGUCGUCCCCAAUUGCGGAAGGCAAACAGAAAUCCGAAAAUGGGGGAAUAUCCGAAAAUGUCAUGGGCAGGCUGCGCUCUGGGUCGGUGUCGGCAGCCAAAGAGCUGUUGCAGUACAAUCCGCAGCUGGGCAUGUGGGCUGCCACAGGAACUGCUAUCGCCCACGCACCGAACAUUACCGACUUGAAGCAAGACGACAUUGGAUUCGACGCCCACGGCCACAGCGCACGUGAAGCCGACACGGCCACUCUGCGUACAGCUCCCACAGCGACCGAGGCCGAACAGGCGAAUGCCGAACCGAAAGCACCGUGGACGACGGUAAUCAAACGCGGGCUGGUCGCAGCCGGCAAGUUCGUCAUCACCCCAACCGGCUUCCUCAUCACCGUCUACGGACUCAACGUGGUAGCAUGGGGAGCGAUGCUGUUCUUUCUGCUUCUCAAGGCGGCGCCUGCCAUGAACCAUCCGGACAACGGCGACGCAGACUCAUCUCCGCGAAAAAUCUGGAUCGAGAUCGACUCGCAGAUCCUGAACGCGCUCUUCUGCCUUACCGCCUGGGGCCUUGCGCCGUGGAGGUUCCGAGACCUGUGGUUCAUUGCAGCCUUCCGUCUCGGACUCGGGCCAGAAAAGGGAAGAGUCGGGUUGCGCAGGCUUGCUCAGCAGAACGCGAGCUGGUUCCGACUCCGCCAGGAAGACAUGGAUGCGGCGAGCGACGAGAGAAUUACGACGUCAGGCGCAUGUGCGCCCGCGACGCAGUACUGGAAAUUGGAUUUUGUCGUCUGGAUGUACGUGCUCAACACGCUAUUCCAGGUUGGCAUGGCGUUCAUGAUGUGGCACUACAACCGCAUCGACCGGCCGACGUGGGGCGCGGGCCUGUUCAUUGGGUUGGGCUGUGGCGUCAGCUUGUUCGCAGGCCUCAUGUGCUGGUGGGAAGGACGGAAGGUCAAGCUGAUCGAGGGGCCGAAGCUGGUCGAGAAGGAAAUCUUGUAG